CCUAAAAUAAGUCAAAAAACUCGAGUUCUUUUUCAUGUCCCUAAGGAUACUUAGAGAAAGGUUUAAGUUUUUGGAGAAAACAGUGGUAUUUCACUUUUUUCUAAAAGUGUAAAAACCCUGUUUUAACUUUCAUGUUGAUUCAGCUCUUUUUCUUAAAUGUAUAGUCUUUACUACAUGUAGAUAUUAUGAGUAGGAAGUUUUAAUAUCUCUAUGAAAAUGUUUGCUUUUAUAAAGGUCAUCUCAUCUUUAGAUGUGGGCCAGCAAACUUAGAAUCAGUACUUUUUAGUGCAACAUUUUUUAUUCUAGUUUAUCUGUUUUCAUUGAAUUUAAUCCUUAUCUAUUAUUCUGCCUCUUUAAAUCAUGAAGUGUAGAGUUUGUUAGUAUUUUAUAAUUAAUAUUCCUAUGACCUUGUCUUAGAAAUCAGUGUUUGCAGUUUUAUCUCAAACUAGCAAUGAGCCUUAAAUUGUGACUUAUAAGACUCAAAAAAUUUUAAUCUAUUCUGUAAUUUGUUACAAUGCAUCCAUACAUCUGGUAUUUUAUGACUGCAUGAGAGAAGUGAAAUAGAUUGAAAAUAGAACUAAACUUCUGUUCCCUUAACUGACCAUUAAAAGAAGAAUGUAUGAGUCCUUGUUAUGAUAUUGAUGAUACUUGUCAAAACUCUAAACCUAUUAAUGGAACAACUAAGUUUGUAGGCUUAACAUUAGUUUAUCUUUGAAAGGUACAAAUAAAAUACUGCUAAAUAGGUCAGUUUUCUUAAUGCUGCAGAAGCAUUCCAUGUGUUGCACAUACUCUGCCCUUUGGGUUACCUAUAGAUUACUGACCUUGGGAAUGAUUUAUUUUUUCCAAAAUUAGGGGUAUCCACACACAUUUUGUAUCAUAAAGCAUCAACAAACGCAUUUGGUAUCAUAUUUACUAUGUUCCAAGCACUGUUUACUAUGCUAGUGUGGAUAGAGCAGGGAUGUUCUGCCCUCACAGAGCUUAGAGUCUACUGGAGGAGGGGGAGUCAUCAAAUGAGCAAAGGUCAAUUGGUAAUCUAUUAAAUAUCUCAGAACUUUCAUUUGGGACAAUUGAAUGAUUUAGGAAAGCAUAGUAUCAUUUAAUAUGUAUAAAGAUUUUAUCAUUUAUCGGCAGAAUUGUCUGAAAGGGUACGGAGAGAAUUUUUACUGUUCUUUUGUUGUGUUACAAAACAGUCAACCUGAUUUUUAACCUUACAAAAGCAGGUUAAACUUCGUUUAACCUGAUUUUCCUUAUACAAUGUCUUAAAUGCAAAAUUAUCCAUAUUUAGUGUUUGAGUCAGAACACAGCUUUUUUUUCCUGAAAACUAAAUAAUGCAGAUUCUACAAAAUUUGAAUAUGAAUAAUGUAUUCAGUUACAUCAAAAGGUUACAGGAGUUUUCAAAAGCCUUCAGUGUUUUUGUCAUCUGUCAUUAUUACUCAUUCAAAUUUCUAUUUAUAGUGUGUUACUUUAUGUCCCCUGGGAGAACUGGGUUCAUAAUGGGAAAUUCUGUUACUGUCAAACUUCUGAAUAGGAAAGGUGCUGUGCUUGGAGGAGAGGGGAGUAGCAAAAAGUAAAUGAGAGAAUAAACCCAGUCCCUGUUGCCAAGGUUCUUAAUGCUUCACUGGUGGGGAAGGCCAGUCAGAAUAAGCAAAAAUCCAAUACCUCAUUUCUAACCACAGAGUUCAUGCUCCGUUAUCCAUACUAAUCCAAGUCACUAACAUAAAAAAUUGUAUUUUGCUUUAAAAUGUAUGGACUGUUGAUUUAUAUUUCUCUUUUAUUCAGGUCAGUGUUAAUUAGAUUCUCAGAGCAAAUCAACCAGUGAUGGAAAACUAGACAGAAAGAAAUGAGUGUCUUUACAUACGGGAAAUGGAGAAGAUAAACAUUUUCAUAGCAUCUUAACCAGGAAUAGAUUGCAUCUCAAGAAACCACUGUUGAUCCGUAAGAAGUGACUCCUCAUCCAUUUGAAGUUUUAUUGUGAGUGCGCAACAAUUCUGUCACAUCUUCAGGCUCCACAUCUAGUGCUAGUUCUUUUGCUACUUCCACCACAUCUACCGUUACUUCAUCUACUGAAAUCUUGAACUCCUCAAAGUCAUCCAUGAGAGCUGGAGUCACCUUCUUCCAAGUUCCUAUUAAUACACAACAAAAAGGGUUUUCCCUCCACCUCACCCUCUCACCUUUAAUCAGACUUGAAUGAUUCAUAUUAGAAGAAAACGAAUGCUUCUGAAACCAGUGUCAUGAUUUAGAAGGUUUUAUUCAACUCCCACACUGAAUUGAAUGGUUUGUUUACUGCCUUUGUUUUUAGAAAUGAGAAUAAUGGAUGGGCACAAUAAUUAAAUGGUAAAAAUUCAUUUGGUUGGAGUAAACUACAUUGAACAUUCAAGCAAAGUAGGGGUUAAUUCAGUCCAGUGGGGUUUGGGGUUUUAUAUUUGUUAGGACAUACUGCAUUGGGUUUCUGCAGGGUUUCUCAAAAAUGAAUUUGGACCUUCUCCAGAUAGGCUUUAUCUGUUUAUUAUUUCUGGUAACUAUUUGAGGUAAUGGUAAAAGGAGAGAGUAACCAUCUGUAGGAUUUACGCAUUUAAGAUUUACAAACUUAGAGUUCCCAGAAGUUGAUUGAAUCAUUCUCUACCAGAACUGUUGUGGAAAAUGUUCUCGUUUCAUUCAUUUAUUCCUUUGGAUCUUCAAACUUCACUAAAGCAUGACUUGGAUCAUGCAAGAUGAUGCCACCACCCUGCCACCCAAUGCUGUCAUAGAGGAUGGCACCACGGAAGAAAGAGGCACCCAGCAGGUCUCCCUUCAUCCUUCUAAGGAUGGCGCCACGGAAGAAAGAGGCACCCAGCAGGUCUCCCUUCAUCCUUCUAAGGAUGGCGCCACGGAAGAAAGAGGCACCCAGCACGUCUCCCUUCAUCCUUCUAAGGAUGGCGCCACGGAAGAAAGAGGCACCCAGCACGUCUCCCUUCAUCCUUCUAAGGAUGGCGCCACGGAAGAAAGAGGCACCCAGCACGUCUCCCUUCAUCCUUCUAAGGAUGGCGCCACGGAAGAAAGAGGCACCCAGCACGUCUCCCUUCAUCCUUCUAAGGAUGGCGCCACGGAAGAAAGAGGCACCCAGCACGUCUCCCUUCAUCCUUCUAAGGAUGGCGCCACGGAAGAAAGAGGCACCCAGCACGUCUCCCUUCAUCCUUCUAAGGAUGGCGCCACGGAAGAAAGAGGCACCCAGCACGUCUCCCUUCAUCCUUGUAAGGAUGGCGCCACGGAAGAAAGAGGCACCCAGCAGGUCUCCCUUCAUCCUUGUAAGGAUGGCACCACGGAAGAAAGAGGCACCCAGCACGUCUCCCUUCAUCCUUCUAAGGAUGGCGCCAUGGAAGAAAGAGGCACCCAGCAGGUCUCCCUUCAUCCUUCUAAGGAUGGCGCCAUGGAAGAAAGAGGCACCCAGCACGUCUCCCUUCAUCCUACUCUGAGCUAGUACAGGAUAUUCUGAUGGUCAGGGCUUCCUCCCCUUGUCAGGAUGUGGCUAAUGCUGGAUACAGAACUAAUGAUUUUGUUGCUCUGGGCUCCCUGCAGGGAGGGUAAAGAGGACAGAUCAGGAUGUCAUCUAAAUAGGAUAGAAGUAAAAUGUCAAACCAUGUCACCCCUGGACAGUGAAGACAGUGCCACCUCCCCCCAGUUGUCUGCUGGAAGAUACCAACAGCUCAUCUCCCCAAGGCUAUUGCAUAAGGGAGGACUUUUUUUCUUAGCUCAGUUACUUGUGAAAACUCACUGAGAGGAGCAGUAGAAUUAGUCAAAAUUGGCUCAACUGCUGUCUCUCACUUUGAAGAAGAGAGAACAAAUUCUAGGAAGCCAUAGAUUUUGUGACAGGUCUCCUUGACCUGCAAACAAUAAACUUAAAAACACCCCAAGAGUUAAAAUAUAUUCAGUAUCUAGCAUUAAACCUAGUGUGUAACUUCUCUUUUUGAAAGGAAGAUAACUGUGAAGUGGUAAUGUUUCCUGAGAUAGUUCUAAAAAUUAUGUACUAGUUUUAAUUUUUAUUUAUUACAUAAUAACAAUCUAUACAUAGACUAAAUUGCUCUGCUCUCGUGCUGUCAUUGUAUCAUGAUGAAAGAAUCACAAAUAAAAGCUUAAGAAAGUUGUUAUCAAGGCUCCCCAAAACGAAUUAAAAUGGAGAAUGAUAAAAGAAUAAGAAAAAUCAGUGAUAGCUGAGUUCUUAUUCUUUGACAUGAUGUUCCCAUGAGAAACUUGAGAUUGAAGAACACAUAAACUCUUGAUAGUUGAGAAGUAAUAACAAUAUUAAUUAUUUCUUGGACCCCUUACUAUGUGCUACCCACUGCUCUAAGCAAUUUCAGGUGUUUAUCUUAUUUAGCUUUUCGAACAAUGCUAUAAAAUGGUAUAAAAUACUAGUGUUCCCUAGUAGUGCUUAUGGAUGCCUUGUCAAUAGACUGAAACAUUAGAAACACUAGAAAAUGAAAUUAUUAUAAAUGAAUACCCUAAAGGCUCAAAAAGUUUAUUGUAAUUAUUCAGGAACUUAGGAAAGUAGGGCUUCCCUUGUGGCUCAGCUGGUAGAGAAUCCGCCUGCAAUGCAGGAGACCUGGGUUCGAUCCCAGGGUUGGGAAGAUCCCCUGGAGAA